GUCUCUGACCUCCAUGGAGCUUCUUCUGGUUUUAGGUUGCACUGAUAUUUUGUGGGGUGAAAACUAAAAAUCAAAAUGUAGAAGCAGAGUGUGUUGACAAGUAGCAAUGGAUAUUCUGUGGGGAAGACACGUGUACAGUUCUUCUCUACACAUGCAUCCUCCGCUACUGGAUCUGCUUAUAAAUAUGGACUCCCUCCCUCUCGUUUCUCAUCCAUCACUGUACUGUACUGUACAUACUAUUAAUUAAUUAAUUGGAAAGAGGGGGAAGGAAGGAAUGCUGAAAUCCAUGGGGGUGGCUCAGGCGAGUUCGAGGAAGGGGUGCAUGAGGGGGAAGGGGGGCCCGGAGAACGCGGCGUGCACCUACAAGGGUGUACGGCAGCGGACCUGGGGGAAGUGGGUGGCCGAGAUACGUGAGCCCAACCGGGGGGCACGUGUCUGGCUCGGCACAUUCGAUACUUCCUACGACGCUGCCCUAGCCUACGACGCCGCCGCACGUGACCUCUACGGCCCCCAAGCUAAGGUCAAUCUCCCCCAUCUCUACCACCAACCUCCUCCUCCUCCACCUCACCACCUGCACCUUCCAACUGGAAAUAAUUCCAAUUCCAAUUCCAAUUCCGAUUCUGACUAUAUCGAUAUCAAUAUCAUUUCCAAUUCCAAUUCCAAUUCAUCAUCGUCAUCGUCAUCAUCCUCAUCCUCGACCUCGAUCAAACUGGAUACUCCGGAGAUCAUUAUGAACUCCAAUAAUGGCAGUAAUAAUAAUGAUAACUAUUAUAAUUGUAAUUUCUCGGUUUUUGACUGCAGCAGCAGGAGCAGGAUUGAUGAAGAGAGCAUGGUGGGGGGUAAUGGGAUUGGGAUUGGGAUUGGGAUUGAGGAGACGUAUGAUGAGAGAACUGGUGCGUGUUUGAAUGCAAGUGAAAUACUGAAGGAGAUGAAUAAGGACCUGCCGGAAGUGGACGACUCGUCCAUGUGGGCGGAGGCGGCCAGAGACACAGCCCAUGAUCCCGCCAUUUUUGCAAGCAGCCUCGACGUCUGCGACUUUGCCAAAGACGAUGGCAAUGGCCUCCCCUUCUCCUGGUUCUAUUAAUUUAUUAAUUAAUUAAUUCUAUCCGCCAUUGUUAACAACUCUUCCCUUCUUUUCUCUUUUUUUCUCUUCUGCAUACCUAACUGUACAUUGUAAAUAUAAUCCUCUCUGUGUAUAUAUACAUAUAUAUAUGUAUGUAUGGGUGUAUAUAGAUAACUGUGUGUGUAUGUAUUGUUUAUGUAUGUCAUUCUCUGUAAUGUAAUCCUCUGUACAGUAGUUGUAAAUAAGUAGUAUUAUUAAUUGAUUAUUGCCUGGAUCUUGAUCCAGGCGAUUAAUGUAGUCAAUAAAUUAG